AUGUUAACUGCGUUGAACAUUUGUUUUGAUGCCUCGAUAUUCAAGUUCAAUGACUCGAUUUACUCGCAAACCUUUGGUUUACCGAUGGGUUCCCCCCUAUCCCCAAUAUUAGCUGAUAUAGUUAUGGAUGAGUUAGAAUCGUGUUGUAUCAAAAAACUUCCAUUCACUUUGCCGAUUUAUUAUCGAUAUGUCGAUGACAUUUUAACUGCAGUGCCUACACAGUCUGUUGACUUAUUACUUAACACUUUUAAUGGGUUCCACCCUCGAUUAAAAUUUACCGUAGAGACUGAACUGAAUAACACAAUUAAUUUUCUUGACAUAACUAUCAUCAACGAUUCUUCUACCAUUGCUACUAAUUGGUUUCAAAAGCCUACCUGGUCACAACGUUACCUUAAUUUUAAGUCACAUUAUCCACGAUCAUAUAAAAUUGGCACGAUCAUCAACUUGGUGGAUAGAGCUAUCAAUUUGUCGAAUGAGUGUUACCAUACCAGCAAUCUAAAUUUAAUCUCUGAUGUGCUUAUAAAGAAUGACUAUCCGCCUGGCUUAUUACACAAAGUAAUCAGUAGAAGAGUUUCACAAAUAUCACAUUCUGACACUAACAGUACACCAAAUUUGGGAGAAAAUAAUAACAUCCAAACCUUUAUUUCUAUUCCGUAUGUUGCAGGGCUGUUUGAAAACUUAAAUAGAACUUUCAAAAAAUAUAAUGUUAGAUUUGUAGGCAAAAAUGUGAAUGAUCUGCGUAGGUGGUUUGACUCUGGUAAAGACAGUCUUCCUUUUGAUAAACAAUCUAAUAAGGUAUAUAAGAUCUCUUGUAUAGAUUGUGGCAAACCUUAUAUUGGACAGUCAAGCCGGUGUUUAAACACUAGGUUAAAUGAACACAAAAACAACUGUAAAGACAGUGAGGACCACCAAACAGCACUGACAAAACAUGCCUUAAAUUUACAACACCAAUUCGAUUUUGAUAAUGUUAAAAUUUUGCAUAUUGAACCUAGAUAUUAUAAUCGGUUGUUGCUUGAAAUGUGUAAUAUUGUGAGCAGUGUCACUUCCAUUAAUUUGAGACAGGACAUUGAACAUUUGAGCGAUGUUUAUGUUAAACUAAUUUCUAACUCUAGGAGCAAUCCUAAUGGAGAGGUGGGAGAUCCGGAAGAAAAGACUAAAGAGAUUAACUGGCUCGAUUAA